GUAAAUUUUUUUCGGUAAAUAAAAUAUUAUAAAAUAAAAAAAAAAAAUGUUUACAAGAUAUUUGUGGAACAUGGGUAAAGAAUAUCUACGAAUAACCAAAACUAGCGUAACACAAAAUUGUGUCAGAGAACAUAAACUUGUCUUAAACAGGAUGAGACGUCCUUAUAGCACUUGUCCCGCUGGGAUGAAGAUUACAAUUUGUGGAGCUGCGGGAUGUACCGGUCAACCCUUAGCAUUGCUUUUAAAACAAUGCCCUUUAUUAGACGAGAUAGCUUUAUACGAUGUCUGCGCUACUUGUGGUUACGGCAUGGAACUAAGUCACGUCGAUACUAAGUGCAGAGUGUCGUCAUUUUCUGGACGUCAUAUGCUUUGCGAUGCUCUUAAGGGCGCAAAAGUAGUCGUAAUUGUUGCAAGAAAUCAAUGUGAUACCUUCGAAAACAAUGCUCCGAUCGUAACAGAAAUUACACUGCAGAUUUGUAAUACUUGCCCUGACGCUUUUACGAUUGUAGCAACUGAGCCCAUAGAAAGCCUGGUUCCGCUAGUUAGUGAAAUACAAAGACUGCGUGGCAUAUACAACCCGCGAUUGCUUCUGGGUUGUGUGGAGUUAAACUGUGUUCGCGCAAAUACAGUGUUGGCGAAUUUUAUGCGAGUACCACCGGAAUCGGUUCGUGUGCCUGUCAUUGGCGGAGCUACACCUAAAACGAUGGUCCCGGUACUUUCCGCUGCAAUUCAUCCAUGUACCAUGUCACAGGAACAGACUGAAUGUGUGACGUCGUCUAUAAUGAGCGGGAACGAGGCAGUAUGUGCAGCUAAGUGCUCGUGUACUGAAACUGCUUGUCUAGCGGGCGCAUACGCUCUGGCAAGAAAUACUAUUAACGUUGUUAAGGGUCUGCAAGGUGGAAGAAAUAUCAUACAGUGCGCCUACGUAGACAGUCUCGGCACUUGCGCUCCUGACUGUCAAUUUUUUGCAAGCGAAGUUAAUUUAGGACCUUCUGGAAUCGAGAAAAAUUUAGGUAUUCCGGAACUAUCCAAAUUUGAGAACUGUCUUCUAUGCAAUUGCUUGCCCUACGUUCGUAAUGAGAUAGCUCGCGCUAUAUGGCUGGUAUAUACAAUGUGCCAUCAAUGUUGCUGUUCCACCUGUGUGGCUCAUCCAGGCACAUGUUUCACGCCUCCUAUCGUCCCAUGUGUACCACCUACCAACUGGACUUGCGACUGCCCUGAUACUUGCCGAGACGAAUACCUAGCUUCAAUAUGUCGUGAAAUGAGCUGCAAAUGUGGAAGCACAGAACUGUGCUGGAGACCCCGGGAGGCGGACUACAAUGCCGCGCGAGCUGCCAACUUGAAACAUCAAAUGCCAUUAAAAGGACUUUCAUGUAAUGUUUGCAACGUACCAAGAAGCGUACGAAUCGACAAGGAAUUGAGAAAUAGAUUCAAAGACUCCUAGAAUUUCAAAAACUUCCAACAUAUUCGGUGUCGACAUAUUUUUAUUUGUAAUUGCCCAAAUUGGAUUUUGUUGUAUUUGUGAAGAGUUCCACAACUGUAAACGUAGUGGUGUUUGGUAUACAAAAAAAUAACACUUCAAAAUAUGUUUAU